UGGCGCAGUCAGUCAUCGUGUGCAAGUUUGUGUUGAGAGAGUUCAGUGGUGUUGAGUUUGAAAAUUGUUUGCAUUGUUAUGACUUCAACUUAUGAGACUGGGAGCGGGCCGGGAUUUGCCGAUAUUGAUAUAAAUCUUUAAAAGACUCAGCCCUGCUCUGCCACCUAGAGCGAUAUCAGCCAACUGUUAAUACCAGCGACUGCCGUCGGCGGCGCCACUGUCGCCGAUGGAGGAGCUGCAGGCGGCCACGGCGCCCUCUGCGCCGACGGAGGAGCGGCCGCGCAGCCGGGUAGCUCUGGUGCUGGCCUCGGUAACCGGCGUGGCCGCUGUGGGGCUCACCGCCGUCAGCUGGCCGUUCGUGGCGCCCGCCUUCAGAAAGGUGUGCCUGCCGUACGUGCCAGCCACCACGGAGCAGGUCACUAACGUGCUGCGCGCGCUGAAGGGUCGCUCCGGGCCUCUGGUGGAUCUCGGCAGCGGCGACGGGCGCAUUGUGAUCGCGGCGGCUGCGGUCGGUUUCCGCAGCGUGGGAGUCGAGCUGAACCCGUGGCUGGUGCUGUUCUCACGGCUCUGGGCUCGCCGGGAGGGUCUCUCUCCGAUGGCGUCUUUCCGGCGGGCUGACCUGUUCUCUCAGGACUUGACCCAGUACCAGAAUGUGGUCAUAUUCGGCGUCAAACAAAUGAUGCCGCGGCUGGAGAUAAAGCUGGCACAGCAGCUGCCGGUGACGGGAUGCGUGAUCGCCUGUCGCUUCCCCCUACCCACCUGGAGACCUUCGUACGUGAUCGGCGAGGGGGCAGACGCCGUCUGGGUCUACUUCCGACCGGGUAUGGAGGACGAGGAGCUUCCACCUUCGCCCCCACCGCCGGGUAGGGAGAGGUAGCCGGGUGGGGUGAUGGGUGUUUGUAUCGCUGCCGGUUCUUAGAGCGGAUGUAGGGUAGUGUGGUGCGACUGAAGUCUAGUCGAGAGUCGGUAUACGAGGUGUGGCUAAAAAGAAACCGGACUGCUCGUGCUGGGCAUAAAGUAGGGGGCCGAAGACUAGCGAGACACUUGACAUUAAUCUUUAUCAUAUUGUGGUGAUGUGUGCCAAAUGGCAUCUCGAUAUCGCUAUUAUUCUUCUUUCCACAGAUCUUUGUUUUAUCGAUGUUCGGCGGCCUUGUCACCGCCAGGUUUCUACAAUGAGCUUCGAAAAAAAGAAGGAACAUGACGUUCCUUGCCAGACUCAACAGAGACGCUGAAUCUGUUCAAGGCUUUAAUGUUAUGUUUGGUCAUAUGUCACAUGCAAGUGUUUGAAAGGGUUACGAGGUUCAGCACUGGUCGUGAGGAUGUCGGUGAUGACCCCAAGGUCUGGAGGUCCAUCAACGUUCGCGCGCAUGUCGAAGUCGAGGGUGGAGACGAAAUUGAUCGUCUUUUUCGAUCAUAGGGGAUUCGUUCACCGUCAGUUCGUGCUGGAGGUGUACCACAGUCGACCAGCAUUUCUACAAGGAAGACCCGGGACGCCUCAUUUCACGAGUCAGGCGCACCAAGUGGAAUUUCUGGGAAGCCAAGAUCUGGGUGCUCCAUCACGACAACGCUCCCGUGCAUUCUGCCAUUAGCGUCAAAUCGUUCUUUGCCAAAAAGCAGGUCGCGGUGCUCAAGUACCCUCUUAUUUGUCAGACCUACCUCCCUGUGACUUUUGGCUGUUCCUUUAAAUGAAAAAGGUUGUCAAGGGAACCCAUUUUGAAUCGGUCGAGGACAUCCAGACCAGAGUGACCAGCGUCAGCGUCUUCGAUAAAACAAAGAGCCGUGGAAAGGAGAAUAAUAGUGAUAUCGAGAUGCCGUUUGGCACACAUCACGACAAUAUGAUAAAUAUUAAUGUCAAGUGUGUCGCUAGUUUUCGGGCCCCCUACUUUAUGGCCAGCACGAGCAGUCCGGUUUCUUUUUAGCCACACCUCGUAUGCUGUCAGUGCGAACUUGUGAAUGGUCAGCUCUACGGAGGAUGAUAGAGAUUUUGAUGGGUAUGUUUUUGGGUCGAGAUUUGAGUGAUUCAGGUGCGGGAAGAGUUGGUGGUACUGAUUUCGGAAGUUGCUGUUAAUGUGCUGAUGUUGACGAACUGAUGUGACAAUACAUUUAAAGGCUUA